AUGGCAUUUAGAUCUGUGGCUAUAGAAGAGAUAGCUGUUGCUGGGAACGGAGGAGAAGCUCCUGGAGGUAUAGUUACUUGCUUCAUGCUGGUAGCUUUACGAUUCUGCAACAAGUUACAAUGCUUUUAUAAAGAGGGAUAUCUAACGGGGAAUGGUUAUAACCAAACUAGACGCCUCUGUGCCAUUUGUUUUAAUGCUCCAAGAGAAUGCAUUUUCUUCCCAUGUGGCCAUUGUGUCUCCUGUUAUGAAUGCGGAACAAAGUAA